AUGCAUUACUUUUUUGCUGAGCUGGAGCCGUCUAUUUCCGUCACGGAACAAAACCUGGCAGAACGAGUUCGGUACAUCAUGCACUCGAAAAUAUUUGAUGAUACCGAGCUCGAACGACUACGACGUGAGGCCAUUCCCUCAUCGAAUGAAUUGGAUGAAUUGGCUAAGGCUGGGGAUGCGGCUCCUCAGGCGACAGACCAGCUGCCACGCGUAGAAGCCGCCAUGGCUCUUCCAGUUGUGGUUGAUUUGGACGAUUAUGAAAUGGUCUCCCACUAA